CCAAAUAGAAAAUUAAAAGUAAUAUUCCAGUAUAAGAAUUAGCCAAUUUCUAUUGCUCAAUCAAACAUCAAUGUCAAUAAAAAUGAAUAUGUGAUAUUUUUGUUUCAAUAAUAAUUUUCUUAUUAGAUCUUUUAAUACAAAACAUAGGCAUCAAAUUCAUGAUACAUUCAAAUCGACCUAUUAAAGAUAUACAUAAAAUGAUAUAAAAAAAGAUACUUGGGUUUAUCGAGCACUGACUUUGUUAUCUCAUCUGAAUGCAUGUAAAUUCUGAGAUUGUAUUGAGUGAGUUAAGCUACAUGUUGAAACGAACGAAGCAGCUCUCUAGUUUACAAAUGAAAGUAUACAAGUCUAGAUGUUAAACUCAUCAUCUAGAGCCUCAUUACAAAUCAAUUUAGAGUCAGCUGACAUUUAUUAUUCUAUUAACGAUGAUGCUACGGCUUGGAACUAAUCUAUUACGACUGAAUGCGGAAACAAACACACCAAAAGUUUAUCAACUUCAGAGGAUUCUUACUAAUAACACGGAAAAAAAAUUCAGAUACACGAAAUAUGGAUUUUCGAUGUAUUUUGGAGCAUCAAAUACUUUUCUAUAUGGUAAUCAAAUGAAAAAUCAAGGAAACAGAAAAUGUCUGUUUUCAACUAAACCUGAAACCAAAAAAACUUGCCUUUAUGAUUUUCAUGUAGAACAUCAAGGAAAGAUGAUAGAUUUUGCCGGUUGGCUCCUACCAGUGCAGUACAAAGAAGCCAUAGCAGUAUCUCAUGUCCAUACCAGAACAUUUGCAUCAUUAUUCGACGUAGGACACAUGCUACAAACCAUAGUAUGGGGCAAAGAUUCGAGAGAUUUUCUCGAAAGCCUUACCCCAUGUGAUUUGAAAGGAUCACCCUGUGGUAAAUCUCAUUUAACUGUUUUCACUAAUGAAGAAGGUGGAAUUUUAGAUGAUUUAAUUAUUACAAAAGAUGGAGAGGACAGAUAUUUUGUUGUAUCAAAUGCUGGAAGAAGGGAUGAAGAUAUUGAAAUUUUUAAUGCACGUAAAGAUGAAUUUGAAAAAAGAGGAAAAAGAAUUCAUUUAGAGUAUUUAGAUCCAAUGGAACAAGGUCUAGUUGCACUUCAAGGACCUUCAGCAGCUAAAGUUCUCCAAAAUUUAGUGAAAAUUGAUCUUAGCAAGUUAAAGUUUAUGAAUUCUCUGGAGACACAAAUUGCCAAGAUGAAUGUCAGAAUUUCAAGAUGUGGAUAUACUGGAGAGGAUGGAUUUGAGAUAUCAUUCAAAAGCAAGUAUGCUAGAAGCAUAGUAGAAAGCAUACUACAAAAUCCUGAGGUUAAACUAGCUGGGUUAGGUGCUAGAGAUACUUUAAGAUUGGAAGCUGGACUAUGUCUUUAUGGACAUGAUAUUGAUGAAAAUACAACUCCAGUAGAAGCUGGCCUAACUUGGUUAAUUGCAAAGCGUAGAAGAGAAGAAGGAAAUUUUCCAGGUGCAGCAACUAUUUUAGCUCAAAUAGAAUCAGGGGUGAAGAGAAAGCGAGUUGGAUUAACAUUGAAUGCUGGAAAUCCACCAGCUCGAGAAAAAGCACCAAUUUUAACUUUGGCAGGAGAGAAAGUUGGAGUUGUGACUUCUGGUGGACCAAGUCCUACUUUAGGGAAGCCAAUUGCAAUGGGAUACGUGCCAGUGGAAUGCUCCAAAAAUGGUAGUGGUGUUUUGGUUGAAGUUAGAGGCAAGACUUACAAAGCAACAGUUACAAAAAUGCCAUUCAUCAAGACAAACAACUACACUGGAUAACUUAAAAAAUAAAACUGUGUUGUGAAUAAUUUUGUAAGAAUUUCAUUGUGUUGAAUGUUUUUUUGUAUUCAGGAUUUUGAUAAAGUACAAAAUAAUUUAUGAAACUUGACCUCCAUUUUUGAUAAUGAAGUCUGAAAUGACUAUUUACUUUAUUUGUAAUUUCAAUACUGGAAUAAAAGUUAAAUAUCAUGAAACUGAUGAAAUUCAUUAAAAAAUCUUUGUUGAAGCUGUUCUAAAAAUUGAUUGUUAAUAAUUAGGUAGAAACUAUUAAGUUGCCUUGGAACACUAAUAAAUAAAGAAAAAUUUGUCGAAAAUACAAAAUACUUACCAAAAAUGUACAAAACAUUGAUAUUAUCGAUUCAAUGAAAAGUAUUUCCAAUGAAAUGGAGACCUUUUAGACGUCUUACUCGAGAAUUUGGGUUAAGUACAAUCAACUUAAUGUUGUUAAAAUAUUUGUUAUCAUCUGAUUGAGAAUUAAGUACAUGUACAAUAAUUUAUAUAACCAAAAA